UGAUAUUCUGAAUGUUAAUCCUUCUCUGUGACCAGUCGUGUAAAUCUUAUAUUUCUUCUUUGGCGCAAGUCUCCAUCUGGUCUCCAUUGCAUGCUGAACAGAACGUGAAAUC